AUGUUUAUUACUUCAUAUAGUAAUUAUAUGAAAUAUGGAUAUCCAUUAGAUGAAUUAAAACCAAUAUCAUGUUCAGGAAUGAGUACAUGGGGUAAUUAUUCAUUAACAUUAAUAGAUUCAUUAGAUACAUUAUAUGUAAUGAAUAUGCAUGAUGAAUUUAAAUAUUCAAUUGAAUUAAUUUUAAAAAAUUUUAAUAAUUUUAAUUUUCCAACUCAUGUUUCUGUAUUUGAAAGUAAUAUUAGAAUAUUAGGAGGUUUAUUAUCUGCUCAUUUAUUAGCAUUAAAACAUGAUUGGUAUUUAAAUCAAUAUUAUUUAAAUACAAAUCAUUUAUUUUAUCAAUUUAAUCAUAAUAAUAAUAAUAAUAAUAAUUUAAAUCAAUCUAAUUCUAAUCAAUCUAAUACCAAUAAUUCAAAUCAAUCUAAUCAAUCUAAUCAAUCCAAUUCUAGUACAAAUUCAAAUAUAAAUUCAAAUACAAAUUCAAAUAUCAAUUCAAAUUCAAAACAACAACAACAACACAACUUGUUAACAUUAUGUAUUGAUAUAGCUAAUAGAUUAUUACCUGCAUUUAAUACACCAACAGGUAUACCAUAUGGUAUGAUACAUUUUAUAGAUGGAGUAUUAAAGAAUGAAUCUAAUAUAACAUCAACAGCAGGUGGUGGUACAUUUAUUUUAGAAUUUGGAUUAUUAAGUUAUUUAACAGGUGAUUUAAAAUAUUAUGAAAUUGCUAAAAAAGCAACAUUAAGUAUUUUUAAAUAUAGAGAUUUAAAAACUAAUUUAAUUGGUAAUCAUAUAAAUAUAAUGAAUGGAGAAUGGAUACAUCGUGAAUCAGGUAUAGGAGCAUCAAUUGAUUCAUAUUUUGAAUAUCUAUAUAAGGGAUUUAUUUUAUUUAAAGAUGAAGAAUUAUUAAAUUUAUUUAAAAUUCAUUAUCAAUCAAUUUUAAAAUAUGUUUAUAAAAAUCCAUGGUAUUCAGAUGUUGAUAUGAAAUUUCCAAAAAUAACAUUUGGAUUAUAUAAUUCAUUAGCUUCAUUUUGGCCAGGUGUACAAGCUUUAUAUGGUAAUUAUGAAAUUGCUAAAAAGUCAAUUAUUGCUAUACAUGGUAUUUGGAGAAAAUAUGGAAGUAUACCUGAAGGUUUUAAUAUUUUAAUUUCAAAAGCACAAAAAGGUCAAUUACCAUAUCCAUUAAGACCUGAAUUAAUUGAAAGUAUUUAUCAUUUAUUUAAAUUUGAUGGUUCACGUGAUUCUAAUUAUCUAUAUAUGGCAAGAGAUUUUUAUACUAGUUUGGAAAUUAAUACAAAAACUAAAUGUGGAUAUGCUGUUAUUGAUAAUGUUGAAACUUUAAAAUUAAAUGAUAGAAUGGAAUCUUUCUUUUUAUCUGAAACUUUAAAAUAUUUAUAUUUAAUUUUUGAUUUUAAUAAUUUUGUACAUUAUAAUAAUCAAACAAAUUCAGAAGAAUUAUUAUUCACUUUUAAUACUGAAGCACAUUUAAUUCCUUUAAAUUUAAAUGCCUAUUUAAAAAAAUAUGAUCCUUAUUUUAAUGAAAAUAGAUUUUUAAAUGAUUUUUCAAAAAAAUCAACAAUUUUUAAAUAA